GUUUGCGUAAAUCUAGAGAUUUGUUUUUUGAGGAAGAGGAGCGGAGAUGGAGCCCCAGAAGAAGCUGUUGAACUCCCCAGCCUCCUGUGUGGACCAGGCCCUGCUGGGUUUGGUCUGGUCCAGCCCUGGUCUCUGUCUGCUCCAGGGGUACAGGGUCGUGGUACGUUCAGAUGUCCACAGUCUGCGUGGGAAAGUGGGGCUUCUGUCUGGAGGGGGGUCUGGGCACGAGCCGGCACAUGGAGGUUUCGUGGGAGCGGGAAUGCUGUCUGCGGUUGUGGCUGGAGGAGUGUUUGCCUCUCCUCCUCCGGCGGCCAUCUUGGCUGCAAUCCUCACUCUACACAAUGCAGGCUGCUCAGGCGUGCUCCUCAUCGUGAAGAACUACACCGGUGACAGGCUGAACUUUGGCUUGGCCCUGGAGCAGGCUCUGGUCCUGGGGGUUCGGGUCGCCAUGGUGAUCGUGGCUGAGGACUGUGCCUUCGAGAGGCCCACCAAAGCUGGACGGAGAGGGCUCUGUGGGACGCUGUUCAUUCAUAAGCUGGCUGGAUCUUUGGCAGAAGAGGGAAAGUCGUUGGACCAAAUAGUUUCAACAGUGAACGAGGCCCUGAAGGAAAUCGGGACUCUGGGAGUGAGUCUGUCCCCCUGCAGUGUGCCCGGAUCUGGGCCCACGUUUGAGCUGCCACCAGGGCACAUGGAGCUUGGCCUGGGUAUUCAUGGUGAACCUGGCAUUAAAAGGUCAAAGAUCACUAGUGCGGAUGAAGUCGUGAAAACAAUGAUCGAUCACAUGACAAACGCUGACAGCCAAUCACAUCUGCCACUCAAAUCAGGUGACUCUGUAAUAGUUUGUGUGAAUAAUCUGGGAGCUCUGUCCUGUCUGGAGCUGGCAGUGGUCACUCGAGCAGCCAUUUUGUCAUUGGAGGGUCGGGGCGUGACUGUAGCACGUGUGAUGUCGGGUUCGUUCAUGACUUCGUUGGAAAUGUCCGGAGUUUCUUUGACGUUAAUGAAAACAAACCCGGAAAGACUCAGACUCUUUGAUUCUAAAACCAGCGCCCCUGCCUGGCCCAAUCUCAGUACUGAACCUGUGAGUGGACGAGAUUUCUCCAUGGAUCCUCCUCCUCUCAUUGCAAGACCCCAAGACCAGGCUUAUUCAGAAGGUCCGCUGAGUCCAGUCCUGGGUCAAGUACUGGACCAGGUCUGUUCUGGUCUUCUUCAGAUCCAGGAUGAGCUGAACCGUCUGGACAGAGCCUCUGGAGAUGGAGACUGCGGAAACACUCACGCUCAGGCGGCCAGAGCCAUCCAGGAGUGGCGCAAUAGUCACGUGACCCCAGGUUGCCCUGGGCGACUGCUGCAGGUCAUCGCCGCUCUGCUCCAGGAGAAAAUGGGCGGGUCAUCAGGAGCGAUGUACAGCCUGUUCCUGACGGCGGCGGCAGGUCAUGUGACUCAGGAGAAGAACCAAUCAGGCGACUGGGCCAGAGCAGUGCAUGCUGGGACACAGGCCAUGAGAAGAUAUGGUGGUGCAGACCCUGGGGAUAGAACAAUGUUGGACGCUCUGUGCCCUGCAGCAGAUGAACUGAUGAAGCUCACCACAGCGGCCCCUGCUGAACACAUGCGAAUACUACGAGUAGCGGUGGAGAAAGCAUCUCUUGGUGCAAAGUCGACCUCUGACCUCACGGCCAAAGCUGGGAGAGCGAGCUACAUCAGCAGUGAGAGAGUGAACGAGCCGGACCCUGGCGCUGUGGCGGUGGCUUCUAUCUUGAAGGCCAUUCUCCAAGCAUUAGAACAGUGAACCUUACAUAGCGCCUGCCACCCAAAUUAAGGCAGUUUGAAAUUAGAGAUGUGACCAUAACCAAUUCUAGAUUACUGAGAGAGGAAAUAUGAUUAUUGACCAUGACAUGAAAACAACUUGAAACUAAACAAUACACUACAACUUCACAAACCUGAUGCGAUGUAAAGUAGUUUCAUUAGUAGAUGCAUGCUGACUGUGUUGUGAUAGCGCUCUGAAGGGAGAGUGACUGUUUGAGGAACAAGGGGAGGAGUGGGUGGCAGCAGUUAAUGCCACAACAGAAGUGUAAUAAAUACCCCCUCUUCAUUUCAGUUUAUUCACAUUGUCUAAUAAAUCAGCAUUCCUCUUUAUGUGAGCAGCUUUCUCAAAUCCAACUUUAUUAAUGAGAAAGUUAAUGUGAUAUAAGCACAUGGAUAAAAAAGCACUUUACAUUUUUGAUUUAUUUUUCUGAUUUAUAGAUUGAAAUUUGCUACCAAUUACCAGUUAUUUUGUGAUUAUACUGUGAUAUAUAAUGACAGUCAUUGUUUGAUUUGAUUCACUGAAAGAGCUGUUCAAGAUCUGCUCCACAACGAAUGAGUCAUAUUCUGAAAUCAGUUCCAAAUUAUCAUUCAGAUUUGUCUAAAACGUGUCUUGAAUAUUAAAGUGUAGCAAUGCAUAAAAAAUAUAACUUGCAUAAAAUAUUCAUAUUAAAACAAGAUGUCAAAUUCA